CGCGGUACCGCGAGCCACGGUUUCUCUCUCUCUUGGGUUCCCAUUCCCGCGCUCUGUGUGCUACAGUACCGUGAGCCACCGGGGUCUCUCACUUUUAGUCGGAGACAAUUUAUUUUCCGCCGAAGGAUACAGGGUGGCUAUCCUUGAAAGAUGAGCUGCAACUGCCCGUUGACAACGUCCACGGGACCAACUCUCGCCUCGACGUGCGGCGGUCCGUCCUUCAUGCUCUUCAUGGGUUUGCUCGAGGUCUUUCUACGCAGCCAGUGCGAUCUCGAGGAUCCGUGCAACAGACCGGCGCCGCCCACCAAUGUCAAUACGAGGUACGACUUCGUGGUAAUUGGCGGCGGGAGCGCGGGUGCGACCGUCGCGGCCAGAUUGUCGGAGGAGCCGAGAUUCUCGGUUUUGUUGCUGGAGGCCGGACUGGACGAGCCGACCGGCACUCAGAUACCCUCGUUCUUCUUCAAUUUCAUCGGCAGCGACAUCGACUGGCAGUACAACACGGAGAGCGAGGACGACGCUUGUUUGAACAAGGACGAUCGAAAAUGUUACUGGCCCAGAGGAAAGGUCCUCGGCGGCACGAGCGUCAUGAACGGGAUGACGUACAUGAGAGGCUCGCGCAAGGAUUACGACGACUGGGCCAGGCUCGGCAACGUUGGCUGGUCUUACCGCGACGUCCUUCCGUUCUUUAUCAGAAGCGAGGACAAUCAACAGGUGAACAACAUGGAUUACGGUUAUCACGGAGUCGGCGGCCCGCUCACGGUCACUCAGUUCCCUUAUCAUCCCCCGUUGAGUUUCUCCCUUCUCGAGGCCGGAAAAGAACUAGGAUACAACACGGUCGAUCUGAACGGACGGACGCACACCGGAUUCGCCAUAGCUCAGACCACGUCGCGAAACGGGUCGCGGUUGUCCACCGCGCGCGCCUUUCUGCGUCCCGCGAGAAAUCGUCCGAAUCUUCACAUAAUGUUGAACUCGACGGCCACGAGGAUUAUCUUCGACGAGAGCAACAGAGCGAUUGGGGUCGAGUUCGUUCACGACGGGAUGACGAAACGCGUGUCGGUGGCGAAGGAGGUUGUCGUGAGCGGAGGUGCCGUUAACUCGCCGCAGAUUCUCCUGAACAGCGGCAUCGGACCUCGAGAGGAACUCGCAUCGGUGGGCGUGCCGGUUGUGCGCGAUCUUCCUGGAGUAGGCAAGAAUCUUCACAACCACGUCGCCUACGCAAUGGUCUUCACCAUCAACGACACCGACACCACUCCCCUCAACUGGGCGACAGCCAUGGAGUAUCUGCUGUUCAGGGACGGCCUGAUGUCCGGCACAGGAAUAUCCGAGGUGACCGCGAUGGUGAACACCAAGUACGCGGAUCCGAGGGAUGAUCAUCCCGACGUGCAGCUGAUCUUCGGCGGUUAUCUGGCCGAUUGCGCGGAGACCGGCAUGGUGGGCGAGAAGAAAGGCGCGAAUCGCAGCAUCUACAUCAUACCGACGAUUCUGCAUCCAAAGAGCCGCGGUUAUCUGCGAUUGCGUAACAACGAUCCGCUCUCGAAGCCGCUGAUCUAUCCGAAGUAUUUGACUCAUCCCGACGACGUGGCCGCUCUCGUCGAGGCCGUCAAGUUCAGCGUCAAAUUGUCGGAGACUCAAGCGCUCAAGAAAUACGGUUUCGAGCUCGAUCGAACACCCGUGAAGAACUGCGAGCACCUCAAGUUCGGAUGCGACGCUUACUGGGAGUGCGCGAUACGUCACGACACAGCUCCCGAAAAUCAUCAGGCGGGAUCGUGCAAGAUGGGACCGCCGGACGAUCCUCUGGCCGUGGUCGAUAAUCAGCUGCGAGUCAGGGGAGUGAGAGGCGUGAGGGUGGCCGACACGAGCAUCAUGCCGAAGGUGACGUCUGGUAACACGAACGCGCCGGCGAUCAUGAUAGGCGAAAGAGCGGCGGAUUUCAUCAAGAAGACCUGGAUCGGUUGACUCGUUUAAAAAAUCGAAUCGAGAAUCCGACAGCGGUCGUUUCACAUUCAUUUAUCAUUUCGCGAAAGACGCCGUCGCGCUUCUCUGGCAAUAAUGAAAAUAAAUUCAAAGAGAAGUUAUGAGGAGAACGUUUCGGGGCUUCGUUCGGACGCGAUCCUCGUUCGCGCUUCGCUCUUUUAUUUUUGAAUCUUUGUUCUGAACGACGUAAGUAAAAAAAAAAAAAAUUCACAGUUUCGCGCGAACAAAGAUUUUUUAUCGAUCUUGCGAAAAUUCCAACGAUCAAUCGAUAUUAGACGCUUAGGACAUCGAAGUAUUAAGUAUUAUGCAGUAAGUUACGUGCAGUCCGUGCGCAAUACAUCGCUCGAAAUGAUUUUUUUAGUGAAAUGUAAUUUUGAUGAUAGAAAAAAAAAAAAAAAAAAUUACAAUCGUAUCGAAGAGUUUUUCUUCAUUCAAUAAGUUUGAGGUUUUUCAUUCAACGCUCGCUUGAGGUGUGAGUUUUGAGCUCGUUUUUCGCGUUAAGUUUAUGAAUGUGAUACAAACGUUAUCUACACACGUUCCACCAAAGUACUUAGAUCUGCUUUAAUCGCGACGUAAAUAAAUUCUCGACAUCAUCCGAUUCUUCUUUCCGCCGAAAAUACGGUAAAUAGAAUAAGAAGUCUCAUUGCUGUAAAUAGUACGUUGCAGUAUAUUCCUCCUUUUACGAGUCACCUCUCUGUAAGAUGAUGUACAAAUAAAACUAUUUUAUCGCGAA